GUCAGCCCGUGUCCGCAUAGCCCUCUCGGGCUGUACAGGGUGUGUUUGGCCUGCUUGAACAGUCGCUUCAGUCCCUCAGUCCCUCAGUCCCCUCCCCUAAGAGAAUAGUGAACAAAGAGACUACUGCGCUCUCUGAAGGAGCGCGCCUAGCGUCUUCACUUCGCUUGCGAUACCACCCGACGCGGACAUCAGCCCCACCAGCGAGGCCGAAGAAAAUUGCUCGCGCUUCGUAAAUCGAGACUCUUCCCACUUGCUGCUCCUCCUUCGGCAGGGGCUCGGCGAACGCAAUGGACAGUGCAAAUGCGCAAUCGUGGGCGGGCAUGGACGCCGCAGCCGACCAAGACUUCGGCAAUCUGAUCGACUUCGACCACUUCAACGACCUCGAUCUGCCGGACUACAACAACAUUGCCUUCAGCCAUGGCGGGCCGCAGAACGGGAGCAUGGCCGAUGCCCUCGACCAGCACCACCUCGACCAGCACCAUCUCGACCACCAGUUCCCCCCGCAGGUUCCCCAGAAUCUAAAUCAUGGAGACGGCGCAUCCGGCGCGCAGCAGGCGCAGGGAAUUAUGCGGACCCACGGCAUGCCCCAGCCGACCGUGAAUGCCAACUUCUUCGACUAUGGUGUCUUCUCCCCGGCGUCUGAGCAAGUCUUCCGCCCGCACCAUGGCGUCCCGCACACGCCCAAUAGCGUCGAGAUGCACGGCGAUCCGCACCGCUACAUGCAGCAGAUGGACCAGCAGGCCCUCUACGACCAGCGGUACCACCUGCGCAAGGACGACCCCUCGUUUACCCCACUAGUCUCCCCAGCAGUCACCCCUCACGACGCACGGUUCCAGAUACCUGACUUCACAGUGCCCGGCGCCUACUUCAGCCCUCUUACGUCGCCCGCACUCAACGCGCAGCCCCACCAACAUGCGCAGUCGCAACUGCACUCCCAGGCCUCGACAUCAGCAAGCUCGACAGGGCACUCGCCCGUUGAUGUCGACAUGGACAUGUUGGGCGAGCCUGCCAUGGUCCAGCCAGCAGAGCAGAAGAGGAGUUUGAGGACGAAGAGGAACCCACCGAGAGCGACAACUGCGAACCGCGUACGACAGUCACCCAUUGUGAAACCCGGCAGACGGAAACCUACAGUCUCAAUGCAACUUCCGCCCAAGGAGGUCAGCGAGCUCAUGCAAGAGGCACGUACCAACGGGCUGGAUGUUCCACGAAGCCGCGAUUACUCAGAAACCGACUCUAUUUCGCCUGAGCCUAUGCUGUCCGAGAUGCGGCCACCACCGAUUCCUGGGUCUGUAACACAUUCGCCGGCAAUGGUAGCGCAGAACGGUCAAGGUGCUGCGCCUGCCACACCUGCUUCGCUCAUGCGUAUACACCCUUCACCGCAAUUCGAUGCUUCGAUGAACGUGCCUCCAAUCAUGGAAGACCUUGCUCUGCCUGAAGCGUCAUUGGAGUCGAGACCGUCGCUGUCACGGAUAGAUACUGCUUUCCGCGAUGGUACUGAGCACGAUACGCCUCGAAUGUUUGCACGCAAGACACCCAAGAUGGGCCCACUCAGCACCCCUGGCGCGGCCAUGUCAAACAAACCCAGCCCAAUGCUCGACCCCAUGUCAACACCUACAAGUCCAGCUUUCUCGAUGACAAUCGGAAAGAAGCCAGAUGCGAAGCAGGGCCGCAACGCGAAGAAGAGGGGUAGCGUCAGCUCGAGUCUGGUCAGUCCAGCAUUGAGGCCGAAGAUCUCGCCGAGUAUCAAGCCUCUGCUUGCAGCUGGAGAAAAUAGUGUCUCGGAUAACACCCACGCCCUCCUCUUAGCCUCAAAAUCCAACUACCAGAACAUCCUCGACGGCACCACAGUACCAGGCGUCUCAUAUCCAGCAUCCCUCUCCACAAACCUCACAUCGAAACGCACCUCCCACAAGAUCGCCGAACAAGGCCGCCGAAACCGCAUCAAUAUGGCCCUCCAGGAAAUGCAAGACCUCCUCCCCCCCUGCUCGCAGACUAGCACACCGGACGCCAAGAGCCCUGAGACCGCGGCGCAGUCGAACAACUCAAAGGCCGCAAAGGUGGAGAGUGCGAUUGAUUACAUCAAGCAUUUGAAGAGCGAGGUAUCGGCGAAGGACCAGCUAUUGCAGCAGAAGGAUGUUGAGAUGGAGGUACUGAGGAAGCAGUUGGCUGAACUGAGGAGGAGUAGCUCGGUAGGCAUCAGUUCGAGUGAGAGUUCCGCUGAGAAUGCUGCUGAGCUGAAGAAGGAGCCGGUGUCUACACCGCAGGCGGUUGAUGAGACCUGAAGGGAGUCGGAGGGGAUUCAGAAACACCAUCACAUCCUUGGUCUUGCACCAACAGCCACAACCCAGCGCCGUAUAGUAGACAGGGAACAACUUCUAGGCUCCAUCGUACUUCUACUUGCAAGGGAAGGAAGAAAGCCACCGGCGUCAAAAACAUUUGUUUGUCGCAUAUUGCAUGCUUCAUCAUUCAUAGCGCUUGCGCGGCAGGUCUGGUCAGGCCAUCUAGAGGCCUUGUAUAGGCAGGAUAGUAUCUAAUAGAUAGUUGAGACACAUGCAAGCUUGACUAUAAGGCUGCUUGCCAGACAACAAUAUCCAUC